UGUGUGCGUAUGUAUGUAUUUCUUUUUCAAUAAAAUGACUAUAGUGACUAGGAGUUUCUUUGACAACGUACCUCUCUCUCUCCUCUAACUCUCACUCCCUAUCUCACGUCUAACUCUCUCUCUAGCGGCGGGGAGAAGAAAGCAGAUUCGCUUGUUCGCAUCUGGCUCUGGCUCUGGCUCGGGCUCGGGCUCCGGCUCCGGCUCCAUUGGCACACCUUCUAUCCGACGACAUUAACAGGAAACUGUUUGAUGGAUGCAUUGGGCUGCUGCAACCUUUAAACGUUCUGGGGUUGAUUUAGUGAGUUACUCAACAUCCUUUUGCUCCUGAAAUUAGGACUUCUAUCCUCAAUGACUUUGCGGAAACCCCCCCUUCCUCGGCUUCUCCUGAACAACGUUUCUUGCAUGAGAAAUGCACAACAAAUUCUGCGCCAUGUGAAUGUAUCCAUCCAUGAUGGAGGAGCUCUGGUUCUAACAGGUACGAAUGGCUCGGGGAAAAGUACUUUCUUGCGUAUGUUAGCUGGCUUUUCCAAACCAUCAGCCGGUGAGAUACUAUGGGAUGGCCAUGAUAUUACUGAAUCUGGUGUUUUCCAUCAGUAUAAGCUUCAGCUGAACUGGCUCUCCCUCAAAGACGCCAUUAAAGAAAAGUUUACAGUCCUUGACAAUGUUCAGUGGUUUGAAGUGCUUGAAGGAAAACAAGGGAAGUCCAUACCAGCACUAGAACUCAUGGGGCUUGGUAGACUAAUGAAGGAGAAAGCGAGAAUGCUCUCCAUGGGUCAGCGCAAAAGGUUACAACUUGCUAGGUUAUUGGCUAUUGAUAGACCAAUUUGGUUGCUUGAUGAGCCUUCAGUGGCCUUGGACGACGAAGGGGUGAGAUUACUUGAGUACAUCAUUAAGGAGCAUAGAAAGAAAGGGGGCAUUGUCAUUGUGGCAACUCAUCUACCCAUUGAUAUUGAAGAUCCGAUGAUUUUAAGGUUGCCACCAAGGUUCCCAAGGAGGAUGACUUUGGUUGACAUGCUUGAUCGUGGUGGAUUGGAUUAACAUUAUAGAUGACAUGGCUUGCAACAACCUGGUAAUCCCAUUAAUUCAAGAGUAUAUGUAGGUUCAUAUAUGUCAAGGUUUUGUAGCAAGGUCAACAGAUGAAGCUGUUAGAUUGCAGAUGUUGUAGUGUUCAAUAGCCAUCCAAAUUGAUUACUUCCGUUGCAAACACUUGCAAUUAAAGGCAGGUUUUCAUUUU